AAUUUUACGAAAUUUCGGGCCCGAAUAUUAAUUUCACUGCCACAAAAUAAACCCUAAUACCUCCUAAACCCUCGCGUGGAGUUGGAGCCUUCUCCCUCCAAAUAAGCUCAGAGCUCAGAAGCCUCGCAUGCCCAAGUCCCUAACAAGCAGGCAGGACACUAUCAACCCUACCCUUCUCGCCUUCAGGCCUCGCCAAGUUCAGCUUGCAAACCUAGAAGAUAUGAAACACAGCAAGCCUAAUAUCUCCAGCGACAGCACCCAAACUCUAAGUCCCGGCCAGAAGGGUCCACUCCUCCAUGCUGUGGCUCGAUUCCUGGAGAGCAAUGGGUUCUCCAAAACCCUGAAAAGGUUCCGGUGCGAAGCUCAAAUCGAGAAAAGUGGACUGAAGGAAUAUUCACUGGAUUUGGAAGAAAUGUACUGCAAGUUGAUGUGUAAUAAUGGAGUCACAAAUGUCAACAGCCAGAAGAAGAAAGAAGACGUAAAGGAGCCUGAAAAAUUGUUGGAGGAGGCUGAAAAGAAUUGCAUGGAGAAAAAGAAAAGGAAAUCUAAGGUAGCUUCUGAUUCACUUGCUUCUGAUUCUGAGACGGAUAAGAAACCAAAAGAUAAGAAGAAAAAGAAGAACAAGUCAAGUUCUGAUUCUGUUGAUGCAAAUGGAAUUGGUAAAUCAACUGCUGAUGAAAUUCCAGUGGAUGAGAAGAGUGUCAAACCUAAUGGUAAGAAGAAAAAGAAAGAUGGUUUGGUUUCUGAAAGUCUAGAUGGUGAGGAUGUGAAGGUGCUUGGUAUAGGAGAUACAAAUGGAACUAGUUCUACAAAAGAUGAUUUGAAGAUAUCAGAUGUGGAUGCUACCGGCAAGGAGAGUAAAAGGUCCAAGAAAAGAAAAAGAUUAGCGUCUGAAGGAAAUGAUUCGCAGCCUGCUGACAACAGAGAAGAUGAAGAAUCCAAGCGCAGAAAGGUAGAGAGUUUAAAAGCAUCCAAGGGAAGUGAGCAACCAGCAAAUAGUGAUGCGUCCCUAGGAAAAGCUGAAAAUGCUGGUAAAGAUAGUAAAGGGGAAAGUGGUCAAGUUGGUCCAGAUGUGUUUCAAAAAGCUUCUGUUACGCAGCUUGAUGGCCAGGCAAAUGGGAACCUAGAGAAAAGUGCUGAGAAGUCUUCGAUAAAGAAAAGCAUGAAGAAGCAGCGCAAUGGUUCUGAUGAGCCAACGGCUUUUAAGGCAUUUCAAAGAGUAAAAGCUGAGGAGGUGGAAUUCAUAGACGAGAAGCUUCGGGAUAAUUCUUACUGGGCAAAGGAUGGUGCAGAGAUUGGCUACGGUGCAAAAGCACAGGAAGUUCUUGGGCAAGUUAGAGGAAGGGAUUUUCGUCAUGAAAAGACUAAGAAGAAGCGUGGGUCAUACAGAGGAGGGCAGAUUGAUCAGCAGUCACACUCAGUCAAGUUCAAUUAUGAUGAUGAAGAUUAACCGGAAAACUUUCCUGAGGAGCAAGUUUACAGAAACAAUAUUCGCUUGCAGAAAACCUGCGUCUUUUAUAUUCUGCACAAGUUUUCAAUGAAAGGGAUUCUACAUGUUGAUAAUUUAUUUUGAACUUCACGUUUUUUCUUAAUGUUUUUUUUUUAUGGGAUGAGCCUCUUUAUUUCCUUCUUAAAUAUGGAAGGCGUGCUCCAGUCCUUGAUUGUAUUUUUUCUCAAACUAGUGGUGGCCAUGAGAAUCCUUUCUAUUUGUUAUUUUUU